AUGGGAUCAAACGAUACAACAUGUCCGGGACCAAUGAAAGCAACCUCUAAUGGAGUCUUUCAAGGAGAGAAUCCUUUGCAUUAUGCGUUGCCUCUUCUGAUACUUCAGAUCUGUAUCGUUCUUUUUCUUACUCGUGCUCUUGCUUUUCUCCUCCGUCCUCUCCGACAACCUCGUGUCAUCGCCGAGAUAGUGGGUGGAAUAUUACUUGGACCAUCAGCUCUUGGGAAAAGCUCAAAGUUUCUCAACACUGUCUUCCCAGCAAAGAGUCUAACGGUCCUAGACACACUUGCAAACCUAGGACUCAUCUUCUUCCUCUUCCUCGUUGGCCUCGAGCUCGAUCCCAAAUCCCUUAAGCGAACAGGAAAGAAAGCUCUCUCCAUUGCUCUAGCCGGAAUCACUCUCCCUUUCGUCUUCGGCAUCGGAACUUCAUUUGCUCUACGUAGCUCCAUCGCUGAUGGUGUUAGCAAAGCUCCUUUCCUUGUCUUCAUGGGCGUUGCACUCUCCAUCACAGCUUUCCCCGUCUUGGCUCGUAUUCUCGCUGAGAUCAAGCUCCUUACAACUGAUAUUGGGAAGAUCGCUUUGUCCGCAGCUGCGGUUAACGACGUGGCGGCUUGGAUUCUACUUGCUCUCGCGGUGGCUCUCUCAGGCGACGGGAGCUCUCCGUUGACAUCUCUAUGGGUGUUUCUUGCGGGUUGUGGUUUUGUCCUGUUCUGUAUCUUUGCCGUGCAGCCAGGGAUGAAAUGGCUUGCUAAACGUUGUCCUGAAGGGGAACCGGUUAAAGAACAUUACGUGUGUCUCACGUUAGGUGUUGUUCUUGCUGCCAGCUUCGUCACGGACCUUAUUGGGAUACACGCGCUGUUUGGUGCGUUUGUGAUUGGUGUUAUCUUCCCUAAAGAAGGUCAUUUCGCGAGUUCCUUGGUUGAGAAAGUUGAGGAUCUCGUGUCGGGUCUUUUCUUGCCGCUUUAUUUCGUAUCUAGUGGUUUGAAGACAGAUGUUGCGACCAUACAAGGAGCUCAGUCUUGGGGACUAUUGGUUUUGGUUAUCUUUAAUGCUUGUUUUGGUAAAAUUGUCGGCACGGUGGUGGUUUCUCUUUACUGCAAAGUUCCUCUUGACGAGUCAUUAGCACUAGGUUUCUUGAUGAACACAAAAGGCCUUGUGGAGCUCAUUGUCCUCAACAUUGGUAAAGAUAGAGGGGUUUUAAACGAUCAGGUUUUUGCUAUAAUGGUUCUAAUGGCGAUAUUCACCACGUUCAUGACGACUCCUCUAGUUUUAGCAGUUUAUAAACCAGAAAAAAUGCGAACCAGUGGCGAUUACGAUAACCGAACGGUCGAGGACACAAAUCGGACCAAGAAACCGCUUUGUCUUAUGUUCUGUUUCCAAAGCAUAAUGAACAUUCCCACGAUCGUCAACCUCAUAGAAGCAUCACGAGGAUCGAACCGUAAAGAAGGCCUAUCAGUCUACGCCAUGCAUCUCAUGGAGCUUUCCGAGAGAUCAUCUGCUAUACUAAUGGCACACAAGGUCAGAAAAAACGGUCUUCCUUUCUGGAACAAAGACAAAUCUGGUAAUAGUUCCGACAUGGUGGUGGUCGCAUUCGAGGCUUUCCAGAGACUCAGCCGCGUUUCAGUUCGUCCAAUGACGGCAAUCUCAGCUAUGGCGACUAUACAUGAAGAUAUAUGUCGAAGCGCUGAAAGCAAACGCACCGCUAUGGUUAUUUUACCGUUUCAUAAGCACGUUAGGUUGGACAGAACGUGGGAGACGACAAGGAACGAGUACCGUUUGCUUAACAAGAAGGUUAUGGAGGAAGCUCCAUGUUCUGUCGCGAUUCUUGUUGAUCGUGGGCUUGGUGGUGCGACACGUGUCGCGUCUAGUGACUUCACGUUGGUUAUAACGGUUUUGUUUUUUGGAGGGAAUGAUGAUCGUGAGGCGUUGGCGUUUGCGGUUCGUAUGGCGGAACAUCCUGGUAUAAGCUUAACCGUGGUUCGGUUUAUUCCUAGUGAGGAGUUUAAACCGGAAAAUUUGAAGCUGGAGAUAACCGAAAUUCAAACCGGUUCAUGCUCAGGGGAAACUAAAUUGACUGAUAUAGAAGCUAUAACCGAACUUAAAGAAAACUUGAUAAAAAAAGAAAGCUCUCCUUCUGAUUCAGACAUCGAAUCUCGGAUCGUUUACGUAGAGAAGAUCGUGAAAUGUCACGAGGACAUUUGCGAGGUUGUGAAAGAGUAUUCAAGAAGCAAUCUUUUCUUGGUGGGGAAGUCACCGGAAGGUUCGUUGGCCUCGGGGCUAAACGUUGUAAAAAGUGACACGCCGGAGCUUGGGCCUGUUGGGAAUUUGUUAACUUCAAGUGAAAGUGUUUCGACGUCUGCGUCAGUGUUGGUGGUGCAACAGUAUGUAGCAAGCUGUGAUUCUCCGACCGUUGGAGUUUUGAAGAACACUACGAAAGAAGUGUUGCCGGUUGAGGAUUCUGAGAGUCCUUAGGGGAUAUGUCUCUGUGAUUUCAAGACUCGAAAGGCCAAAAACCUGGCUUGUGUAAUAAGAAAUAACAUAUUCAAAGAAUAAAUUUGAAUAUAUGAUUAAUUUUGUGUUGGAAAUAAUUGAUUUCUAUAUGGUAGGUCUCCGUAGCAUUAGGAUUAAAUUAACUAAGAUGAAGUAUAAAUUAUAAAGGCCAUUGUGAG